AGCGCCAUCUAUUAGCCUUAGUUAUGAACGGCUAGGCCAGAAGCAAUAGUUAUGGGCGAAACCGUGCUAUGCAGAGAAGGCUAUGGUUCGUCUCGUGUGAAGAAGAACUAUGUUUCAACAGACGAUGGUCGAUUAGUGGUGGUUGAUCAUUCGCCGACAGGCACGAGUGUCUCUCACUUUUUCAGGUCUGUAUUUCUACCUCAAGGUUACCCAGAGAGUGUGAGCCAGGAUUACCUAGAGUACCAAAUAUGGGACACAAUACAGGCAUUUGCCAGCAGUAUAACAGGAGCACUGGCAGCUUCCGCAAUGCUAAAAGGUGUGGGUGUUGGCGACGUUAACGCGACCGUCCUGGCUGCGACAAUGACUUGGAUACUAAAAGAUGGUACAGGGAUGCUAGGGAGGAUUGUAUUUGCCUGGCUGCGUGGAUCAAGCUUAGAUUGCAACUCCAAGAGAUGGAGAUUAUUUGCAGACAUCUUGAAUGACUUGGCCAUCUGUAUAGAGAUUUUGGCACCAAACUUCCCGGGGAUAUUUACUCCUUUGGUGUGUACUGCUGGUGUGUGCAAGUCGAUUGUAGGUGUGGCAGGUGGCGCCACCAGAGCUGCCCUGACCCAACACCAGGCCAGACGAAACAACAUGGCUGAUGUAUCAGCUAAAGAUGGAAGUCAGGAAACAUUGGUCAACCUGGCAGCAUUGGUGUGUAACCUAGCACUCAUUCCUCUAGUCACCGGCAAACAAAUGCUCAUCUGGUUCUUGUAUAUGGUGUUCACCUGUUUACAUCUCUAUGCAAAUUACUCUGCUGUCAAAUGUGUUGUCAUGGAAACAAUGAACCAAUCAAGAUUGAAUCUCAUUGUGAAAGAUCUCCUAGACUCCUCCCACAUUCCAACUGUCAAGCGUACGAACCACUCGGAGCCAGUGGUAUUUAAAACAAGAAGAAAAUUGGAAAUUUUCCUGGGAUGUUCUGUAGGAAAACUGUGCAAUAGUACCAAAGAUUUACAGAUGUUGCUAUCUGUAUAUAAGGGGAUGCCAUACCUUCUAGGUCUCAAUGUAAAACGAGGAGAGAUAUGUAUAGCACUGUCGGACGGUGCUGACACAGCUGAUCAGCUACAGAGCUGUUUUCAGGCAGAAGUUAUUAACUAUGUGUAUGAAAACCUGUAUAAAAGCAAGGUGCUUCAUUCCUCCCUGGACCCUUUAGUUAGGGCAAUGGAAAAUGGUGAUGUGCAUGGUACAUUGAUGGCCUCAUUGGCGUACACUAACUCCACCAUUGAUGCCUUCCGUCAGGGCGUGGUACAGCAGGGCUGGGCUUUAGAUCCCGUCCUACUUAACGCUAACGAGUGGCGCGCUAGGUGGGAUAGUGACGGAGUCACAGACAAGAAGGAGUACUAGACAACACUUUACAACAUACGCAAGGGUUCUUCAGGAUUAUCAGGACUUUUCUGCCGAGUUGAACACGGACAAGACGGCAUAAUAGACAACAAAUAAUCAACUUUUUAUUAUGAAAACUGGUAUACACCAGAGUUAAGAGUUACUGUGAUCAUUCUUAAUCAGUUGUAACCUAACGGCAGGUUGUCUAUAGUAUACCCAAACAAAAAAGGAAAUUUCACUGUGAGAGAGAAAUAACAUUUCUAUAUGGACAAUCAAAAUGUCCUUAUAAACUCAAUGCAAAGCUGACUCAGAGGUGCUUUUCGAGAAUGACACUGUAUUAGGCAAUAGUUUAAAAACUGCCUACAUAUUAAAUUUCAGUCACUUAGGGUUCUUUAUUUCAUGAAAAACUAAGGAAAUUGUAGGCGGUACAGUCAAAAUUGUGUAUUUAAAUUUAACUAUUACAUCUAAUAUUAAGACAUAUUACAAUGUAUACUAUUGAAAACAAUAUAUUAUUGACCCUUAAAUUGGAAGUUGUGUUUCUUUUUCAUUUCAAUUUAUAUUUAUUCUCAAUUUGUCAAGAUAACUUGCAAUUGGUUUCUCAAAAUGUCAUUGCCUCAAUUACAUAACAAAACUCUGAUGUUGUUUUGACUAAUUCACCCCUGAAGACACAUUUGAACUCUUCCAAUUCAAAGGUUGGAAUAGUUCAUGAUGAAUUUUAGGGGUGAAUGAGUUAAACAUCUGUUUUGUUUGUGGGAAGACACAAGCAACAUGCUUUAUCUUAACUGAAAUUGUCCACCAAUUGGUCA